ACCAAGAGAAACAACAGCAAGUCGACGUGGAGGCGUCGCUAAUUGAGAGACUGAGGUCAAAGUUCUCGUUUAAGUAUCGUAAAGACAGCGCUGAAACUUCGUAGCAUGGAGAGCCGCACAGAAGAGUACGUCUGCAUCCACUGCAGCACCAAAUCUGUACGGUUAUACAAGGAAUAUGGACAUGGCCUUAUAAAGUUGACAAGAUGUUCCAAGUGCGGCGAACCAGUUGAUGAGUAUAUUGAGACUGAAUUUUCUAUCGUUUUUAUCGACACGAUACUGCAGAGACUAGAAGCUUACAGGCAUCUGAUAUUUAAUGCUGGAAUCCAGAAGUCCUGGAAACUUGCUCUUCUGUUCUUACUGGGCGAAGCGCUGGAGCUAUGGCUGUCCGAACACUACGUUCCGAGCCGCGGAUGGCAAGACAGCCUGGCAAAGCCGUUCACCGUGGAGUUGGAGCUGGAAUGGCGUUUCUAUCUGACGUGCUUUCUCCUUGUCAUUAGCAACACUGUCUUCGUCGUCAUGGUUACUUUGGCAUUGUGCGUCUGCUGUGAUAGGAGCCACGCAAACAGCAACACUGUCCGAAGCCUAAUCAUUGCGAGCUACGGAAAAAUGCUCGCUCUUCCUGCCGUACUGUGGGACUGCCACCCCGAAGUGACGCGCUACGUCGUCACCUUCUUUUAUCUCAUCUCCCAAGUACAGGCUUGCAGAGCUGCAUCUGGCUCAAGCACAAAGCUGGCAACCAUGGUGGUACUGGUGUCAUACGCUGUUCAGCAGCUGGCGGGGCAUGCCCUGUCUGGUCCUUUACUUAGUCUCCUUGAUUUCUAGCGUUUUAGCUCGUUCUUUGUUAUCUAUUUCUUCCUCCUCCCCCCCUUGCAGUGUACUAGAGUGGGAAUAACUUUAACGAGAUGUACAAACCUUUUUCGGAGCUUUAGUUCGAAUAAACGCAAUGUACAAACGGCACGAAA